AUGGGCCCAAAACCAGCUCUGAAAAAGAAACGACCUCCCACUUCCACCAACAACAACAACAACAACAACAAUGCCAAAGAAAAGGUCAUGAAGGAGAGUGUCCAGCAUCGGGCGCGUAUGCAGCAAUUGGUGUUUUCCUGGCAAGAAAAGAUCUUUUCAAUUCCAAAGGCGCCAUCCUCGUUGCUGCGACAAGCUGCAACGAUCCUUCAACCACAAACGUACGAUGAGAUCGUUGAAGAACGUGCUGUACAAGAUUGGUGUGGCUAUCCUCUCUGCGACAAUACGCCUCAAAAGGACCAACCUCGUUACCACAUUUCACUCUCGAGACGCAAGGUGUUCGAUCAGUCUGAAUUGGCGUCGUUUUGUUCGGAGGCGUGCCUUCAACGAAGCAAGUACUUUCGCAUGCAGCUCUCUGAAGACCCUGUGUGGGUACGUGAUAUGCAAGCUGUACCCAAUGUACAUAUCAUUCGGUUGGAUCAAGAUGUCAAAAAAGUAUUGGCGAAUGAGCAACAAAAGAACAAUCAAACGAAGCAUUCAGGACAUGAGAUACGACAAAGCUACGUGCAACAACUCUUGGCCAAUGUACCAGCAGCAACAGCUGGAGGAGAACACACCGAGUUACGAAUCGUGGAGCAUGAUGAUGCGAUUGUGAUGGAUUCUGAAACACCUAUUUCAGGCGUACAUGAUGCAAUUGAAGGUUAUCGGAUCGAUGUAAAACGCAACAACCAGCAACCAACAACCAUCAUAUUGCAGCAACAACAGCAAACAAAACAGCCACCUCGACAACAAGAAACUGUUGCCAUGGACACCAAGGAUGAAGAGACAUUGCUGGAAGAUGCUAUGGAUACAAUGAUGAAACUCAAGGAUCUCAAAUUGGAUCAACCUACCGAGAUUGAAAGAAAUGCACCACAACCACCAAAGCCGCCAUCAUCAUCAUCGAGUCGACGUCCUUCUAAGCAAAAAGUACAACCAUCACCUGUUGGAGCACCCUCCUCCUCAUCAACUUCACCGAAUACCAACGACACAUCCUCUUCAACAAAGGAAAAGGUGAUCAAGAUGGUCGUACCCAAACCGCCUGUCAAGAAGAAAAAGGCUCAAUUACCUGAAAUGUCUCUCUUUGGCAAGAUAUGGACGAUGACGGAUCGAUUAACCACCAAAGCGACGCGACGUUACUUUGAUCAGUUGAGGCAUACGGAUACUGUGGAUGUGAGGGAGAUUUUGAUCCAAGAACAGCAGCACGGACAAAAUGAUGAAUCAGCAUUGAUGCGUGGCCAAAUCUUUAGUGAAAAGAUACUUGAAACGUUUUCUGUUAUACGUGCACAAAUUGGAUUCGAGAACAAGCUUGAGGAUGAUUUGAUUGAUCUGAUACAAACGUUCAAAUUCAAUGACGCGUCCAUGGUGGUACUGGAUGGAUCACAAGCUUACAUGAUGACAUUGGUUUUGUUCAAGGCGUUGGCAGAGCUCACGAUCAAGGAUUAUGAUUGGCAUCCAGGAUUCGAGGCAUGCUGCAGUGCUGUUGGCGAGACGAGUGACACCAUCGAUGCAUGUGUCAGAGUAUUGAAGAUUGCGAGCACGUGA